UCACUCUCACUCACCCACAGCCAAUAGGCAGUACAGGUAGUAGAGGCCAGCUAUUUUGCCUCUCUCUCGACAUGGACUACACACCAACCUCUAUUACUCUCUCUUCCUCGCUCUAACCCCACACAUCCAUUGUAUUUAUAUAAACCCACCUCUUCUACACUUGCCUCAAUCUUCUUUUAUUUAUGCAUACGUACAAACUUCAAUUUCUUUAUAAAAAUUCCACAUUCUGUCACUAGAAAUGAAAACACCGCACUAUGGGAGGCUCGGACCGGCAGAGCCUGGUGGCUCCUCUCGCCAUCUCGACCAACCGGAAUACGCCACUUCACAACCCUCUCGUCGGAAAAAGAAGAUUAUUCUUCUUUCCCUCCUCUCCCUUGCCUUAAUCAUCGCCUCCGCAGUCUCGGCCACGCUACUAAUCGGACUACGAACGCGUGCUUCGGGCCAACCAGGCCCGGCUUUGGACCGGAAACCAACCAAGGCAAUAUCUAAAGCUUGUAGGAAAACUCGGUUCCCGACUCUUUGUGUUAACUCGUUACUUGACUUCCCUGGUUCUACGACUGCCUCAGAAAAAGACCUCGUCCACAUUUCCUUUAAUAUGACUUUGCAGCACUUUAGCAAAGCUCUAUACCUCUCAUCGGCGAUCUCUUAUCUCCAGAUGGAUACACGUGUACGGUCAGCGUAUGAGGACUGCCUAGAGCUCCUUGACGAUUCUGUAGACGCGCUUUCUCGUUCUCUCUCCACCGUAGCGCCGCCGAUUGACGGGAACACUGGACAGAUACAGUCGGCCGGUGGAUCAACUGAAGACGUGGUGAAUUGGCUCAGUGCCGCGUUGACUAAUCAGGACACCUGUACUGAGGGAUUCGCAGACUUGAAUGGUGCUGUCAAAGAACAGAUGACCGUUAAAUUGAAAGACUUGUCCGAGUUAGUAAGUAACUGCUUGGCGAUUUUUUCGGCGAGUGACGACGACGAUUUCUCGGGUGUGCCGAUACAGAACCGACGCAGAUUGAUGGUUGCCGAAAUCUCGGGGAAUAAUGCCGAUGAAUUGCCGAGUUGGUUGGGAAGGAGAGAAAGGAGAUUGUUGGACAUGCCGGUUUCGGCGAUACAAGCCGAUAUAAUCGUUUCACAAUAUGGGAACGGUACGUACAAGACGAUAACGGAGGCGAUUAAGAAGGCUCCUGAGUAUAGUAAUCGGCGAACUAUAAUCUACGUAACGGCAGGAAGGUACGAAGAGAAAAUCUUGAAAGUGGGAAGGAAAAAGAGGAAUUUGAUGUUCAUCGGAGAUGGGAAGGGCAAAACAAUAAUUUCGGGUGGAAAAAGCAUUUUCGAUAACAUAACAACAUUCCACACUGCCACCUUCGCUGCAACUGGAGCUGGAUUUAUUGCUCGUGACAUGACAUUUGAGAAUUGGGCUGGUCCAUCUAAGCAUCAGGCGGUUGCUCUCAGAAUCGGUGCAGAUCAUGCGGUUGUGUAUCGGUGCAACAUUAUUGGGUACCAAGACACACUCUAUGUGCAUUCAAAUCGCCAAUUCUUUCGAGAAUGUGAUAUUUAUGGCACCGUAGACUUUAUAUUUGGCAAUGCAGCUGUAGUCUUUCAAAACUGCAGCAUUUAUGCCCGAAAGCCCAUGGCUUUCCAGAAAAACACUAUAACUGCCCAAAAUCGUAAAGAUCCUAAUCAAAAUACGGGCAUAUCCAUCCAUGCUUGUCGGAUCCUCGCCACCUCCGAUCUUGAAGCAUCCAAAGGUAGCUUCCCGACAUAUCUUGGCCGUCCGUGGAAAUUAUACUCUAGAGUUGUCUACAUGUUAUCGUACAUGGGUGAUCACAUUCAUCCAAGAGGGUGGCUAGAGUGGAAUACAACAUUUGCACUUGAUACAUUAUACUAUGGUGAGUACAUGAACGAUGGGCCGGGCGGGGCGCUUGGGCAACGGGUGAAAUGGCCGGGUUAUCGGGUCAUCACAUCAACUGUUGAAGCAAGUAAGUUCACCGUAGCAGAAUUUAUUUAUGGAUCAUCGUGGUUGCCUUCAACUGGAGUGGCAUUUUUAGCUGGGCUAUCAGUUUAAGCAACACCUUGUAACAUAAAAUUAAAAACAAUUAUAAAGUCUCCUACCAUGUCUUUAAUAAUUGAAUGCAAGUAUAAUUUUUCUAUUCUAUUUUUUUGCA